CGAUAAUGUACUUCGCUUAAUGCAACCCGAUAUGUUUUUGAUUCCCUUUUAUGUACAACAGUUUAAUAUUUUAUAUAACCCCACUGACCUACCACCUCCAAGCCAUCUAUAUUCAAAUUAUUGUAGUAACUCAAAGUGUUCCUACUACUUUUCGUGCUUAUCGUAUACAACCUAUACUACAGUAUUACACUAUACUUUGAACAACAAUGCCCCCCACGAGGACAAAUAAUAAAGUCCAAAUGUUGACACCUCGAGAUACCGAGAUCAUCGACACUAUCUUGCAAGCUUGCCCUCCUCAUGCGAAACCCAAAAUAGACUGGACUACUGUCGCACACAAAUUAGGGUUGAAAAAUGAACCGUCAGCUAAGGAAACCUUCCGUAUUCUCUGCAAAAAGAGAAAUUGGUUCACCGCGACUGACUCCCAGUCUAAAUCCGAGUCCAAAUCUUCUUUGAGCCCUAAAAAGGAAGCUGCUACUCAGGACGAGAGGCCUUUCAAUAUUAAUAAAUACAAUACCAGAGGUCGUGCUAGGAAGGAACCCCAGGCGAAGCUCAGGCCCAGCACUACCGAGUUCAUGGAGACUACUGAGAGUGAGGAGGAGACAAUUUCAGAUGACGUGUCUGACUUCGACAGCGACUAUGGUGAUGUUUGAGAUACAUUCAUCAUAGCUUCGAGGAUGAAGUUGUAUCCUGUGGAGACUUUUAUGAUUGGGAAAAUGAUACAAUAUGAGUAGAGGCAUAGCUCGACGGCUGCGAGUGCUAGGUGAAAAUGUGGGAACCCGUACACUCAUUUCAUCAUCUCAGAUCAGUGUCAAGCAUCAACACUUUAAGUAGUUAAAUAGAUAUUCUUGGGCCUUGUCGUAGCCAAUCUCUUUAUUCACUGUCUCAUAAGAAUUGCAGCGCACCUUGGUACUAGAAAUGGGUAGGAGAUAGCUGGCGUUAAGCUUGUGUGAUUUAAAUUCGACAAUCCAUGCAAAGGGGUCAGACGAUGUUUUGCAUCAUUAAUUGAAUUUAAAAGCUAAUAUAUUAUACGUUUAAUUA